AUGCAUUACAGUUGUCAAAAAGUAUUUGUUGUUAUUAAAGUGCACAAUAGAACUGACAAGAAUGGUUAUUUAACAAAUUUGUAUUACAAAUAUGAAUUUGGUGGCACUUAUCAACCAAAAAAAACUGUAAAUCUACAAAAUCAACAUAAUAAAAGUAUUAAAAAACUUAAUUGUAACUGGAAGCUUAAUCUAUCAUCAGUGACAGAUUUGGUCCAUAUUACUAGUUUAUAUGAUAAUCAUUGUCAUGAAGAUAUUCAAUAUUUAAUAGUUAAUGAUACAUAUGAUCUAUCAACAAUCAGGUCUCUUUUAUCUGCUAAAUAUCCUGAUCAACCUUUUUUUACAAGGAAUCUUGCUAAUAUUGUAGCUCAAUUACAGAGAGAAUAUUGUGUAGAAGAGAAUGAUGCAUCUUUACUUUUAACAAAACUUUAUAAAUACAAAGAAAUUGAAGAAGCAACUGGGAUUCUACCAAGAGUUUUAAUAACAGAUGAGAAUCUUUCAAUAAAACACAUUGCAAGUUAUAAUCUUUUAAAUACCAAACAUCUCUUUUGUUUAUAUCACUUAAGUCAGAAUAUUUUAAAAAACCUUAAGAGUAAACUUGGUGAACAGUAUUCUAAUUUUAUUAAAGACUUUUACAUAACAUGUAAUAGUUUGAGUGAAGAUAAUUGUGAGCAUUUGCUUAUAUUUAAAAUUUUUACUGAAGGUAUGCAAUUAACUCAAAAAGUCAAAGGGCUCAAUAGGCAUAUUAAAACUGCUAUAAACAGCCCAUCUACUUUACUACUAGUUAUGGAGAUUAAUUAUAAUAAUCAUAUUGCAUUGCAAUAUGUUUUUCCUCAAAUUGUUAAACAAAUCAAUAAGUACUUAACACCAAAUUUAGCAGCUAAGCAACAAAAACAAAUAAUUGAAUCUACCAUAUAUCGAGCUCAAGCACUAUUAUUUAAUAAUACUAAUUUAAAUAAACAAAUAAGUAAUACUUUAUUGGAGUUGUUUUUAAGCACAGAUGCUAAUAUCUUGUUGAAUUCACAAGAAUUUGUAUAUGAUAACAAUUUUAUUAAAAAUACCUAUAAUAUUUUACAAUCAUAUUUGUUAGCUUUAAUCACUAAAGUUGAAUAUUUGUCAGUUCAAGAAAUUUGGAAAUUUCAAGUGCAUAUAGAAAAGAAACUUCAAUUUGUUAAAACUAUAAGCCUUGCAAAACAGGCUAUCACUUUACAAGAUAAUGAUAAAAAUAAUUGUAAGUUAGAAGAUUUCUUAAGAAACUAUAUUAAGAAGAAAAACUUAAAUAAGUGUCAAAAUUCUGAUGUUCUAUCUAUUGUUAUACAAAUUAAUAAUGAAAAACUAGUUUUUAUUAAAAAUGUUGCAGAUUCUGUAUAUCAUGUUGAUAAAGAAGCACCAUGCAAAAAGCAUAUUAAAGAUAAACAAGAAAAUUAUUAG